GGGGCGAAGCUCGCGACUGCCUACCACGAAGUCCAAACACUACGAUGAGGAAGUGGACGGUUCCUUCAGCUCUCCUUCUACUCUGUAUACUCCUUCUCUUUGCCGAUCAAGGUCGGAAGUUUCAGGCGAAUGCCGAGGCUGAUUCCGAAGGGCUUGUAGAUCCACCGAAGGUGGAAGACAAGAUUGGAGCUGUUCCAAAUGGUCUUUCCACCGAUUCUGAUGUGGCCAAGAGGGAGGCGGAGUCGAUCUCCAAGAGAUCGCUUCGCAGCAACGCGGAAAAGUUUGAGUUCCAGGCGGAAGUGUCACGACUCAUGGACAUUAUAAUCAACUCCCUCUAUAGUAAUAAAGACAUCUUCCUCAGGGAGUUGAUCUCCAAUGCUUCUGAUGCACUGGACAAGAUUAGGUUCCUCUCCCUCACAGACAAAGAGAUCCUGGGCGAUGGCGAUAACGUUAAGCUCGAAAUCCAGAUUAAGUUGGACAAGGAAAAGAAGAUCCUAUCAAUUCGAGACAGAGGUAUAGGUAUGACGAAGGAAGACUUAAUAAAGAAUUUGGGCACGAUAGCAAAAUCUGGAACUUCAGCUUUCGUUGAGAAAAUGCAGACAAGUGGAGAUAUCAACCUUAUCGGACAAUUUGGAGUUGGCUUCUACUCCGUGUAUCUUGUGGCUGACUAUGUUGAAGUCAUUAGCAAACAUAACGAUGAUAAACAGUAUGUCUGGGAAUCCAAAGCUGAUGGAGCAUUUGCAAUAUCAGAAGACACGUGGAAUGAACCGUUGGGACGAGGAACUGAGAUUAGGUUACACCUCAGAGAAGAGGCUGGGGAGUACUUGGAGGAGUCUAAGCUGAAAGAAUUGGUGAAGAAAUACUCUGAAUUUAUCAACUUCCCUAUCUAUAUUUGGGCAAGCAAAGAAGUUGAUGUGGAGGUGCCUGCUGAUGAAGAGGAAGAGGAAGAGGAACCAUCAUCUGAAAGCAGCUCCUCCAAGGAAGAUGGUGGGGAUGAAGAUGCUGAGAAAAGUGAAGAUGAAGAACAAAAGCCCAAGACAAAGACAGUGAAGGAAACAACGUAUGAGUGGGAACUUUUGAAUGAUGUGAAAGCUGUGUGGCUGCGGAACCCUAAGGAGGUUACUGAUGAAGAAUACAUCAAAUUCUACCACUCUCUUGCCAAGGACUUUAGUGAUGAGAAACCUUUAGCAUGGAGUCACUUUACUGCCGAAGGUGAUGUUGAGUUCAAGGCAAUACUGUUUGUACCACCUAAGGCUCCUCACGAUUUAUACGAAAGUUAUUAUAAUGCAAACAAAUCCGGCCUGAAGUUGUAUGUUAGAAGAGUAUUUAUUUCAGAUGAAUUUGAUGAAUUGUUGCCAAAAUACCUUAGCUUUUUGAAGGGACUUGUUGAUUCUGACACCUUGCCACUUAAUGUAUCACGAGAAAUGCUUCAACAACAUAGUAGUCUAAAGACAAUCAAGAAAAAACUCAUCAGGAAAGCCCUUGAUAUGAUUCGUAGGAUCGCAGAAGAGGAUCCUGAUGAGUCCUCAGACACAGAAAAGAAAGACGAGAAGCCCCUGGAGGAUGAUCCGAAGAGAGGUCAAUAUACUAAAUUCUGGAAUGAAUUUGGGAAGUCUAUUAAACUGGGUAUCAUUGAGGAUGCCGCCAACAGAAAUCGUUUGGCUAAACUACUUAGAUUCGAGAGCACCAAGUCUGAGGGUAAAUUGACUUCUCUAGAUCAGUAUAUCUCUAGAAUGAAAUCUGGACAGAAGGAUAUCUUUUACAUUACUGGAAGCAGUAAAGAACAAUUAGAAAAAUCUCCAUUUCUUGAGCGGCUUAAAAAGAAAAACUAUGAGGUUAUUUUCUUCACUGAUCCUGUGGACGAAUACUUGAUGCAAUACCUGAUGGAUUAUGAAGACAAAAAGUUCCAAAAUGUUUCCAAGGAGGGACUGAAACUUGGGAAGGAUACAAAGACCAAGGAACUGAAGGAGUCCUUCAAGGAUCUGACCAAGUGGUGGAAGAAGGCCCUUUCCAGUGAGAAUGUAGAUGACGUGAAGAUAUCCAACCGUUUGGACAACACACCUUGUGUGGUAGUGACUUCAAAAUAUGGUUGGAGUGCUAAUAUGGAGAGAAUCAUGCAAUCUCAAACGUUAUCAGAUGCUAGCAAGCAAGCAUACAUGCGUGGCAAGAGGGUUCUUGAGAUCAAUCCCAGGCACCCUAUCAUCAAGGAGCUCCGGGAGAGAGUGGCAAACAACCCUGAGGAUGAGAGCGUGAAACAAACGGCGCAGCUGGUGUACCAGACUGCCCUCCUUGAAAGCGGCUUCCUGCUAAAUGACCCUAAGGAUUUUGCCUCUCGCAUUUACGAUUCAGUGAAGUCUAGCUUAGACAUCAGUCCUGAUGCAACAGUUGAAGAGGAAGAUGAUGCUGCUGAAGCUGAGGCUGCAAGUGAUGCAAAAGAAGCUGCCGCUUCUUCAAGGGCCGAAGAUGAUGAUGAUGAUGUCAAGGACGAGCUGUAGACCUGCUAGGUGCCAAGGUGGACAGAACGACGAAUUUCUAUGACUCUGCCUUCCUUUUACUUUCUGAUUUUUGGUUUAGCUUCUUGAGGUAAAUCUUUAGAACCUUCCGGCAUAAGUUUUGAUUCCGCAUAAAGCUGGUAAAAUGAAGAGAUUAGCCGUAAAAUUGUAGUCACUGUUUAUUUCGAAGUUAUGCCUUAGUAAACUAUUUCAGAUUGGAUACUGGUGCAA